AACUCCUUUUCAAAGGAGGGAAAUAUUUUUAAAAUGGAGGAUCUGGAGAGAGUCGAGCAGUUACUUUUUAAAGACAAUAUCAACGAGGCCAUUGAUCUGUUGAACGCAAUAAUAAAAUCUCCUGCAAAAGGUGAAGAAAUAAUAAAAGUAAAGGAACUCGCCAUUACAAAACUUGGUCAGACUCAAGCUAAACAUGAAAUGGCGGACGACUUAUACAGCCUAAUAGAGGAGAUGAAAGGAUCUGUGGGUAUGUUCUCUAAGGCAAAAGCCGCCAAACUGAUCCGUGAGUUGGUUGAUCAGUUCCUCAACAUGAGAGCAAUAGCCAGGAAAGGAAAAGAGAUUCCAUUAUGUGAGAACUGCAUUAGUUGGGCUAAAGCUGAAAACAGAGUUUAUUUGCGUCAAGCAUUAGAGUCAAGGUUAAUAUUAGUUUAUGUUGAGAGACAAGAUUACAAUGAAGCUCUGAAGAUUGCGUCAACUUUAUUGAGAGAACUCAAAAAGAUUGAUGACAAAGCAUUACUGGUUGAGGUGCAGCUGUUGGAGAGCAAGGCUUACCAGAAGCUGGGAAAUGUGAGCAAAUCAAGAGCUUCACUCACUUCUGCUAAGACAACAGCUAAUGGAAUCUACUGCCCACCCAAACUUCAGGCAUCACUGGAUCUCCAAUCAGGUAUCAUACAUGCUGAAGAGAAGGAUUUCAAAACCUCUUACUCUUAUUUCUACGAAGCCUUUGAGAAUUAUGACUCAGUUGAUGAUCCUCAAGCUGUCAUUGCUCUCAAGUAUAUGUUACUCUGCAAGGUCAUGCUCAACCAGGCAGAUGAUGUCCAAUCUAUUGUUACUGGUAAACUAGCACUACGUUACACAGGACCAGAGCUCAUUGCUAUGCAGCAGAUUGCCAAAGCCAGUCAGAAUCGCUCUAUAGCAGAGUUCAAGACAAUUUUAAAGCAGCACAAUGAGUACAUAGAAGGCGACCCCAUUGUUAAGUCGCAUCUGGGUGCACUGUACGACACUUUGUUAGAGCAGAAUCUACUAAGAAUCAUUGAACCUUUUUCACGUGUAGAGGUGGAUCAUGUUGCUAAGCUCAUUAAUCUUCCACAGGAUGCUAUAGAGCAAAAACUAUCUCAGAUGAUUCUAGAUAAGACCCUUCAUGGUAUACUGGAUCAGGGCAAAGGUAUUUUAGUCGUGUUUGAAGACAGCAACGUUGAUCAGACCUACACUAAAGCCCUUGGAACCAUUGGACAGUUAGGGAAAGUGGUAGACUCCCUGUAUCAGAAAGCCAAACACGUCCAAUGAUAGCUCAUCAUUUUGAUUUGUUGUAUACUCAUGUGUACAGUCAUGUAUAUGUACAUUGCUAAUGUAAGAUCAUGCGGAGUGGCUCUUAAUUUUA